AUGAUUCACCACAACCUCACCACCAUCGUGGACAGACCACACUGGGAUGCACCACCGGCCUGGAAGCUGCCAGAAUGGGUAGAACCAAUUAUUGUGGCGAGCAUCCUCGUCACUUCCAUGAUCGUAACCCGGAGACGCGACUUCAAGAUAUUUGGUGGUCAGUCGGGCGGCUUUCGAAAAUCCAUUCUCGACGAUCCCGACGCUGCUGAUUCCGCCGACGACCUGCUGCGCUACGAUCGCGAAAAUGAAGAUGAUGCUCAAGAGCCGCUGGCGGCUUCAAAGCAUCUUCCCAAACGCCGUUACUGCUGUGGCUUUCUCAUUUACACGCCUAAUUCGUCCCGUUUUGCCAACCACAUCCAUAGUCGCAUCCUCCAAAAAUUCCCAUUCUUAAUGGAGAUGUUCUAUUGGAUCAUUACAUACGCGUUCUAUCGCCUCACAAUCAUUACUUCACAGGCCAUCUUCUCCAAGACUGGGAUUUGGGACGUCGCGCAGGAACAUGCGUUGGAAGUGCUGGAAUUUGAGCAAUAUGGCCCGCUGAGCUUCUUGUUUCCCAUCACCGAAGUGCAGGUCCAGCAGUGGUUCAUGCACGGUCACCAGACGUUUUUGACGGUGCUCAACUGGUCUUAUGCCUUGAUCCAUAUUCCAGGAACGGUUGGAUUUAUUGCGUGGUAUUACUAUCUGGCGCCUUCUCACCCUACCUUCGCCACCGCCCGCCGCACCAUCACCCUCAUCAACCACCUGGCAUUCAUCACCUUCACUUUCUACCCGUGCAUGCCUCCGCGACUGUUGCCCGAGAAGUACGGCUUCAUCGACUCGGCCCGCCAUGAUGAUGCUCGCAGUGUCUGGAUGAGCGGAAAGUACGUAAACAGCCUGGCGGCUAUGCCCAGUAUGCACUUUGGCUAUGCAUUUUGCAUCGGCGUCACUCUCAUCUAUCAUUCCGGCAUCUUCCGACGCACUCUCGAGAAGGGCGAGGUCCGCAAGCCGCUCAUCUGGAAGCUCGUCUACGUAGCGAUUGGGCUAGCAUAUCCGACUUUGAUCCUCUCCGCCAUUGUCGCCACGGCAAACCACUACUGGCUGGACGCUCUGAUGGCCGUUCUUGUUACAGGCGUCGCCUUCCUUUGCAACCGCGUCUACUUGAUUUUCUUGCCUCUUGAAGAUUUGCUUUUAUGGGUGCUGCGGAUCGAGAAACCCAUUCCCUCGACAGGCGAACGCUUCCGGCAGCGGGGUGGACGUUUGUAG